AUGAGAGCAUUAAUAUUUUUUAUAUUUUAUAUCGUUAACUCAGUGCAAGGUGUAGGUCCCACUAAUGAUUAUCCCUAUUGCUUUCGUUUCUUUUGGAUUGGUCCGUAUCCCCAAAAACAAUUCAUUGGCAAUGAGACAUGUGAGGAGCGCAUAAAUAAUGAAAAUAUUCCCUGUCGUCGACCUAUUGUGGCUACCGAUAAUGAUAACAUACCCGAUACAAUGGCUCUGUGGGCGAAGUAUAAAGAAAAACCAGAUGCAAUUGGUUGCCCUAUGGUGCCGGGUCAAUUGUGUGUCAAAUAUACCUAUUUGCAUAAUAAGGCAGUACAAAACAUCACCUAUAUGUGUGCCAAAGUGAAUACCACAACCGGUUGUUAUCGGCAAAAAUUCAUAUCCGGUUCCGAAAUUGAAGUUUGUGUCUGUGAGUCACAUUUGGGAGCGACACCCUGCAAUGGCAUCAUGCGAAUGGCACAUAAAUUAUCACUACUGCUAAUAGCUGUGAUAACCCUAACGAUAUUCAAUAAAUUAUUCACAAAUACUUAA